AUGCUGUCCUGCUGUCCUCUCCUACUGGUGCAGCCUGGCACAGGAAAGCUCCCUUGGCACCAACAACACAGGAAGGCUUGCCAGGACAACAGUGCUGAGUGUGUGUUGAGGUGCAUGCUGUCCUGCUGUCCUCUCCUACUGGUGCAGCCUGGCACAGGAAAGCUCCCUUGGCACCAACAACACAGGAAGGCUUGCCAGGACAACAGUGAGUGUGUUGAGGUGCAUGCUGUCCUGCUGUCCUCUCCUACUGGUGCAGCCUGGCACAGGACAGCUCCCUUGGCACCAACACAAGAUGGCUUGCCAGGACAACACAGUGGAAAGCUCCCUUGGCACCAACAACACAGGAAGGCUUGCCAGGACAACAGUGCUGAGUGUGUGUUGAGGUGCAUGCUGUCCUGCUGUCCUCUCCUACUGGUGCAGCCUGGCACAGGAAAGCUCCCUUGGCACCAACAACACAGGAAGGCUUGCCAGGACAACAGUGCUGAGUGUGUGUUGAGGUGCAUGCUGUCCUGCUGUCCUCUCCUACUGGUGCAGCCUGGCACAGGAAGGCCCCCUCAGCACCAAUGUUACACAAAGGUUUGGCAGGAGUGCACUGUGAUGGACACUGCUGAACUGCGCCCUCGACCUGUCUGCCUACACAGAGGACACCUGACUUCAUGCAUGUUCCAGUAAGAAUGACACAUCAUGACAGCGGCGGCAGCAGCAGUGACACCAUACUGGGCCCACACACAAGAGAGGGAAAGCUGCGCUGCUAAGGGUCAAGUUGUGCCCACGUGACAUGGGAAUGCCUGCUUUGUGGCCGCCACUCGCUGGGAGCCACUCUCUCUCUCUCACUCGUCGGAUUGGGACAACUACACUCAUCAAAAUAAACAAUCCUCAAUUUGGUCAUCCACUUCCACCACCCGGCUGUGUUAUCCGUUAGUUAAAUCAACAGCUGAAGAGUUUUGAGCUGCACUACCCCAAGAUGAGAUCAAUAAAGCGUUCAUUUUCA